AUGGAUGGGGAGGAUAGUUUUGUGGCUCUGGUCCAUUGCUCUGGAAAAAUUCAAAAGAGCAAACGCCACGGUGUGAAAUUCACAAAUAGAGAACCGGUUAGUAUUUUUAUUCGAUCUUCAAGUACAUUGGCAGAGAUUAAGCUCAGCAUACUACAGAAGCUCGGUACCUGUGGUACGAAGCAGGUUAAAAAGUUGUUUUACAAGAUUCUCAUUACUGUUGUGUCAACCGGCGUGCGGUUUGAGACCUUUGUGAUUGGGUCGGAUGAAGACCUGCAGGUCUUGUUUCACUGCAGGCGUAGUUUUCCAGAGGUGAGGAUACCUGAGAUGUUUGCGAAGUUGGAAGAUCGUGUGGAUAGCUCUGGGGCAUCAGCACCGGGUCCUCAGUCGACCACACGGGGCGGUGCAUCGACAUCACUACCUGUGGUAGCAGCGGUAGUUCUACCUCCCGAGCCAGAACGUGCUGAGGUUGAGUUUGAGGUUGGACCGGAUCGAGUUGAGAAUGCGUUUUGUGAUGAUGAUUCCGAUGAGGAGCCGCUCGAUAUUGGUGGGGACAGUGAAGAUGAUAUACCAAUAGGUGCAGCCCAUGGAGGUUCCGGUUCUGCAACACAAGAGUACCCUCCGCACCUGUCGUCUUUGAACUUGGAGGCCAUCGGUCAACACCAGAAUGUUGAGGCAACAUUCGAUGGACAGGGUAUGCAUGAUGGGAGAGGUUUGACUGAAUUUCAGAUUGGCCAAUCGUUCCAGAGUAAGGAGGAAGCUGUGUUGAGCGUGAAAGAUUACAGCAUUCGGCGUGGAGUUGAGUACAGGGUUAUGGAGUCAGACAGUCUAAAAUACCAAGGGAGAUGCAAGGAGUUCGGUAACGGAUGCACGUGGUUGAUCCGGAUAGUCAUGCGAAAAAGGAAGAGCACAUGGGAAGUUAGGAGAGCUGAUGCGUCGGUAUCGAUUAAGGUGUUGCAAGAGGCAACAGAGGCAACAUAUGGUUUCAAGCCAAGUUAUCGGAAGGUAUGGUUGGCAAAGCAGAAGGCAGUAGCACAGAUCUACGGCGAUUGGGAGGAGUCAUAUGCGGAUCUGCCCCGCUGGAUCCUUGGAGUCACGUUAACCAUGGACGGUUCCGUUGCUCUGCUGAAGACCUCCCCGGUUAGAGUGGGUGACCAGGUUGAUGAAGAAAGAGUCUACUUUCAUCGCAUGUUUUGGACAUUCCCUCCAUGUGUUGAGGCAUUCCGCCACUGUAAGCCACUCGUCAGCAUCGAUGGGACACACUUGUAUGGUAAGUAUGGAGGGACGUUGUUGUUGGCGAUUGCUUAG